GGUGUCAUUCCCGCUGUGUCGCGACUGUCGCGGGUCUGUCGUCGGGGAUGUCGCGGUGGUCGCGGGGGUGGCCGGGGGCCCUGAAGGCUCGCGCGGCUCGGUACGCGCUGCAGCGCUGGAUCGGGCCCUUCCUGCAGGAGCCGCUGCGGCUCGAGCAGCUCGGCCUCGACCUGGGGGGGGGCACCGGGACCCUGCGGGGGCUGCGAUUGAGGGCCCAGGCUGUGGACGAGCUGCUGUUGGGGGCUGGGGCGCCCCUGGAGCUGCUGGAGGGCCGGGUGGGGGCCGUGACCGUCGCUGUCCCCUGGGCCGCGCUGGGCACGGAGCCGGUGACGCUGCGGGUGACGGAGCUGAGGCUGCUGCUGCGGCCCCGGCAGGAGGGGGGUCGUGCCUGGCUCUCUCCCGGGGUGGGGGCAGGGCUGGACUCCCGGAGCCCCCUGAGGGGGCUGGAGGCGCUGGCCCUGACCAUCGAGUCAGUGCUGAGGAGGCUCCGGGUGGUCCUGGAGGGGCGGAGCUGA